AUGGUUAACAUUCAUGCGAUUACUGAAAUAUGCAAAUAUACAUAUGUGGAAAGUGAUGUUGAGUCUGAUCUUAAACAAGAAUCAAAUAUCGAUUAUCGUACUCCUGGCAGUAGUCGAACUGAUCAUACCAAUAAGAUACAGAAGGUGACAGUAAAUGGAAUGAAUGACGUAGAAUUUAAAGAAAUGCAAAUAUCAAUGAAGUAUAAUGGUAUCACAAGUGUAUCUGUCAAUCUGUCACACCUUCGGUACAAAAAAACAAUUAUAAUACAGAAUUAUGCAAUACCAAUUCUUAUAAGUGGAAGAGAUAUGAUAGCCAGAACACCAACCGGUUCAGGGAAAACUACAGCUUUUGUUGUACCAUUACUGAGUUGUAUACUAAAAAAUGUAUUCGAAAUAAAUGGCGACGGUCAUCCUUCCGAGUGUUUCGAUCCACUUGCUAUAAUCGUUGUACCUACGAUACAACGUGUCAAAAAUGUUUAUAAUGUUGUAAGUCGUUUAAUUACAAACACAGAAAUAAAAUGUGAACCAUUGUUUAAAAUAAAUUUAGUUCCUGACCCAAAACGUAAAAUUCAGAACGGUAUUCAUAUUCUUAUUUCCUAUCCAGAAUGUUUAGCUGGUAUCGUGACCCGUGGUUGGAUAACUUUUUCAAAAUUACAAAUAAUUGUACUCGACGAUGCGGAUUCAUUAUUAAAAGCCGGCUAUAAGCCUUAA